AUGAUACUACUGCUAGCGGAUGCCAGCGGCGUCAUCUCAGUAAUUAAAAACAACCGCCCGCGCACAGCGGUGCGCAAUAUCCGGCGUCAACUUGCCUUCAUCAAAAGCAAGCUCCCCGGCGUGCGGAUUCUUUUGCAGUGGGUGCCAAGCCACUCCGAUGUGUCGCUAAGUCGGGAGGUGGAUCUGGCGCAAUCGCUUUCCAAGAACCUCGUGGGGGCCCUGCCCGCAAUUUCCCUGGACAGGUGGUUUUCCGCGACGGUGCCGGUGCAUGUGGUGGCGAACGAGCUCCGCCACCUGAUGCGCGAAGCCCUCCGUGAAGACCUCAAAGAGCGUGCGGAAUCGCACCCGUCAUCCUCCAUGCGCUCCACCCUAAUUGCGGAGUGGGGGUGUGCCCGUGACCUCCUAAAAUCUCUCGAUGCCGCCCGGGCACGCACGGCGUUCAGUCUACUGCCAGGGGACGGCAGCGACCUAAUAGCCGGAUUGGGUUGCUGGUGGCACAUGGGUCGCUUGUAUUGCGGAAAGUGUAGGUGUAAAAUAGACGCGCUAAAAACGAGCAACAAGCGGAAGCGCAAGGGGGACGAGGACGAGUUCGAGACGCUAGAAGAAAGCGAGGCCGACGUGGGGUGGACGGCCAUAGUGCAUCACCUCGUGAGUUUCCGCUGCGCCGCCAUGGUGAAGCUCCUAA